AUGGAGAAAAAUAUACUAAAGAAGAAAGGAACGCACGAUCAAAACCGUGCAAAAGUUUGCUUAUUGUGUUUAAAAAAGGAGAGUCGUUGCAGCAAAACCAAGUUUGUGAAGAUAUUUUCAAAAGGAAAAGUUGAAGUUAUGAUAAAAACUCUAUUUGAAUAUUCUGUUUCUGACGAACGAUUGCCAAAUCCUAUUUGUAGUGGAUGUUUACGAAAGUUAUAUCGGAUAAAGGAUGGAAGCCAAGAAACCAUAGAUCUGUCAAAUUUAUCACAGUUUUAUGCAAAAACAACAAGAUCUACUAGUCUGUUACCUUGUAUGUGCAAAAUUUGUUAUAUUGCAAGGGACCCUUUGUUCAAGAAUGAUACUAAAGCAAAUAUUUUGAAGCCAAUAAGAGGCAAUAACCGCGUGGCGAAUAGACGUUGCAAAGGCAGUUUUAAGAAAUCAAAGAAUCAAAAAUUGUGUAAAACCUGCUUUACUUUGAUCGCAAAAGGGCAAAGCCAUAAGUGCAAUAGUUCCAGGCAGUUUGUUAAUCUACAAACAAUUCCAAAAAGCAGAGAUCAAAUUAUUGCAACUGUAUUAAAAGAAAAAAUCAAGGAAAUCAAAAAACCUGAACAAAAAUACACAGUGGCUCUCUCUCAGUAUGCUGGUAAACCAUUGAGAAUAUCUGUUAAUCCACCCAACAAAGAAAACUGUAUUAAAACCCCCAAGAUUUUUGUAAUUGAUAUUCAGAAAAUUCAAACAAGCUUUAACCUUACUCAAAAUACAACUCUCGGAAUAGCAUCAAUGAUUCGUGUGGCUAGUUGUAACCGAAAAGUAAUUGAGCCUAAUUUAAAGAAGGCACUUUCAUCCGCUAUUCACAGCUUGGACGAAUUUUUUGAGGUAAAAUCGUUUGAUUUUAUAAAUAUGAAAGCCAACAACGCCUCAAAUGUUAAACAAUAUGUUGUUUAUUGCAAAAAUUUGGACGGUUUAAUUGAGUCAAAUAUAAAAACAAUCGAAAUAGAUGAAAAAAUAAUGAAGCCAAGUGAAGAGGAUAUAAAUGAGCUGAGAAGCCAACAAAGCGACAUACAGGAAACAAUCGAGGAUUUUCAGUGGAAGAAGGUGGUUCAUCACUCAAUUCAUCACUCAAUUCUUAUUAGCACCACAACUUGUUGGCUUCGUAUUAACAACCUUCUGCUGCAUCUGGAGGUUCAGACGACGCAAUAA